AUGGAGUUCUCAACCCCGGAAGGUAGAUCGAAUAGCACAAUGAUCAAUUCAAACGAAAGGAAUGAAGAAUUGAGUGUGGGUGAAGUUGUUAUUCAAGAAGGGUCUAAAGCCGACGAAAUUACUGACGUCAUUGUGAUGAGAAAGGAUGAGUUGGACUUGAGACACGAGAAACACGAAUUUCGACAAGACGUGGAAGGAAUCAAAGAUUAUCGGGAGUCUCAGGUGAAGGCAGCAACUCGGGCAAAUAGAAUUACAGCCACGAGAUGCAGAGCAAGGAUGUAUGUCAUGUUGGACAGGGAGAAGGAAAUUUGGGUUGUGUCUAGAUUAGAAUUGAGGCAUUCUCACCCUUGUUCGGCUAAGAAAGUUGUCCACUAUCAUGAGUACAGGAAGUUGACCAUGCAUGCUAAGUACGUCAUUACGGAUAAUGACGAGGUUGGCAUAAGACCCAACAAGACGUAUCUAGCAUUGGCAAACGAGGUUGGUGGGUCUUCAAACCUGAGUUAUUCAGAAAAAGAUGUCAGAAAUUACAUCACAAGCAAACUUCGAUGUGCCGAUGACAAUGCGGACUUUAAGGAGAUGAUGAAUUAUUUCAUUCAAAUGAAGGAGAUCAAUCCCAACUUCUUUUAUGCCAUAGAUGUUGAUGAUGCAAAUAAGUUCAAGAGCGCACUCUGGGUAGAUGCAAGGUGCAGGGAUUCGUAUGAAUAUUACGGAGAUGUAGUGUCGUUCGACACCACUUACAAAAGAAACAGGCAUGGUCUACCAUUUGCAUCCUUUGUCGGUGUAAACCACCAUAGAAAGUCUACUCUUCUUGGUUGUGCUUUACUUGGGAGCGAGGAGACCCCUAGUUUUGAGUGGAUGUUCAUCACUGACCAGUUCAAGGCCAUGGCCGGUGCUAUUAGGAAGGUCCUACCUGAUACUGUCCACCAAUGGUGCAUCUGGCACAUAAUGAAGAAGUCACAAUUCAAGGUUGGAGGUUGCACUAGGUACGGAGAAUUGAAUGCUAAGAUGAAUCACAUUGUGCGGAAUUCUCCUUCUACUGACUCUUUUGAAGCUAAUUGGGCUGAAUUCAUCAAAGAAUUUGACCUAGGUCAGAACAGAUAUUUAACAGACAUUUAUGCCAAUCAACGAAAAUGGGUGCCAAUAUUCUUCAAGAGUGAAUUUUGGGCUGGUAUGAGGAGUAUACAGCGGAGUGAAAGUAUGCACGCAUUUUGCUGGGGGUUCCUGCAUUGCAAAAGUGGUUUGGUCCAGUUCGUCCAUGAAUACGACAAUGUGCUUGGAAACAAGGAGCAGAAGGAGCUGGAAGAUGAUGUUGUGGACGCGAAAGGAGUCAUCCCAUGUAUAGAGAGCACAGGCAUUGAGAGACAAUUUCAGCGGGAAUACACCAACAAGCAGAAGAUAGUUUGGGAGAAGACUGUUUACCGUACUUUCACAGUAUAUUUUGACCCAUUGAGUCAAGAGGUUCGGUGCGAGUACAACAAGUUUGAAUCUACUGGUAUAUUUUGUUGCCACACCCUUACUGUGUGGUCAUACUACAGAGUUGACAGAGUACUGAGCUGCUAUGUUCUUCCUCGAUUGAGUAAGAACGUCUUGCGCAAGCACACCUACAUUAAGAGUGGGCAUGAUGUGGCUCAGACCAAUGAAGGCCACAACCUGUUCAGGCGUUUUUGUUUAGAGUUCUAUAACGUUGCUCAGGAGUUUGUUAAUUGUGAUGAGGAAGCAACCAUCUUGCGAUCUAUCCUUUGGGACGCAAAGUCUAAGCUGACUGAUUACCAUGCCAGCAUGCAUUCGACUAUUUUUUCUGCUACUCAGAUUACCAUGCCCACAUAG